AUGCUCGGCUUCCACGCCUGCGGCCGCGGGCGAGCGGGCGGGCACGCCAGGCUCGGCGACGCUCUGCGCGGUUGUGCCGACAAAUGCCCGUGGCUUUUGGGCGCACCUCUGGUGGUGUUGCGCGCUCUGCGCGGCGCCACCGACGGCGCGUCGGAGUGGCGGCCGCCACUCGCGUGGACCAAGGGCACGCUCGGCAAAUUCCUGCGCUUUGCGCAGGGUCACAACCCCUGGGCCAGUUGUUGGAGUGCCGCAAACCGCAAUGCGGCAUUGUGCGACUACCGCAUCGUGCCGCAGCUGCACCGCUUCUCCUCGGACAUCAUCGUGAACUCGGUGGUCCGCUGCGAGGACGCGGUCAGCACCGCGCCGGAUCUCUUCUGA